GACCAUGCCAAUACAGAUAUCCAGCAGGCCAAGGCCCUGGGCCUUGAUGCCUUUGCACUGAACCUCCAGGCCACGAGCGGAGACUGGUUGACGUCUGCAGUGCAGUCGCUCUUCCAGGCUGCAAACCAGUAUAACUUUAAGCUCUUCUUCAGCUUCGACAUGGAUGCCUUCCAAGACCCAUCCCAAUUCAUUCCUUUCUUCCAGCAAUACGUCAACAACAGCGCCUACUACCACUACCAGGGCAAGCCCUUCACCAGUACCUUCUAUGGCGGCAACCUUAACUUUGGCGAGUCUUCUCCCAAUGCGGGAUGGCAGAUCCAUUACCGCGAUGCCCUCCUUGCCGAUGGCAUUGACACCUACUUUGUUCCAUCAUUUUGCGACAACUCCAACGGACCCAACAAUUUUUUUGAGAAUUAUCCCGUUGUCGACGGCGUCAUGGGCUGGGACAGCGCUUGGGUACCGUCAUCUGCCGGAAAAACGAGCGUCAGCGACUCCAUUGACAAACAAUACAUUGCUGGCGCUCGAGCCGCUAACAAGACUUAUAUGAUGCCUAUUUCAUCUGUUCAGUUUAAGCACAUUGACAGCAACCAAAACUGGUAUCUGCGCGGCGAGCUUGCCCUGGCCGAGCGCAUGCCCCAGAUCCUUGCCGACGGGCCGGACUUUGUCGAGAUUCUCACCUGGAACGAUUCAGGCGAGAGCCACUACAUUGGCAACGCCUGGCCCGAGGCUAUCGCAGGAACCCCCAUCCCUGCGUACACCGAUGGCUACGACCACUCGGGCUGGCAACACUUGAUCCCGCCCUUCAUUCAGGCCGUCAAGUGCGGCGUCACCGACACAAGCGACAUGCUUCCCCUCAACGGUCUCGCCGUCACCGGUGCCUUCUGGUACCGCCCUCUCCUGGGCUCUGCAACCUGCCCGGACGACUCCUUGGGCAAGCCCAGCGGCUGGCAAAACACCGAGGACUCUGUCCUGGUGGCCCUGUUCUCCGCUGAAGCAGGCAACACUGUCAACGUCUACAGCAACGGUGCCCUCAUCGGAAGCUACAAGACUGUCCAGGGCCUGAAUAAGUGGGAUGUCGGCGGUAUCCGGGUCGGUACCGCCCCGAAAGUCACCGUCCUCUCCGCGGAUGGAAACAACACCUUGACCACCCAGUCUGGCUCGGUCGCAGUGCAGGCCGAUACCAACGGGACAUGCAACUUCAACUAUCAGGUCUUGGGCCUGUAA